AUGGCUGACGAGCAUGACAUGACCUUCGAGUCCACCGACGCCGGUGCGUCGACCACCUACCCCAUGCAGUGCUCUGCUCUGCGCAAGAACGGUCACGUCGUGAUCAAGGGCCGUCCCUGCAAGAUCGUCGACAUGUCUACCUCCAAGACUGGCAAGCACGGUCACGCUAAGGUCCACCUCGUCGCCAUCGACAUCUUCACCGGCAAGAAGCUGGAGGAUCUGUCUCCCUCUACCCACAACAUGGACGUCCCCAACGUCGCCCGCAAGGAGUACACCCUCCUUGACAUCACCGACGAUGGUUUCCUUUCCCUGAUGAAGGAUGACGGUGACACCAAGGACGACGUCAAGCUCCCCGAGGGUGACGUCGGUGCCCGUAUCACCAAGAUGUUCCGUGAGGAGGAUAAGGAAGUUAACGUUAUCAUCCAGACUGCCAUGGGUGAGGAGGCCGCCAUUGAGGCCAAGGAGGCUCCUAAGCGCGGUCAUCUACAAGAGGGUAGACAAAUUGAAGAGGAUGCGGACGAUUUCGGCAAUCAGGGAAAGAAGCAUCGUGUCAAGAAAGACAAGGAAGAGAGAUCGCGAAAGACAUAUCGUGGCCGGAAGGCGCAUACUCUGUUUCUACAAGCCUAUCAAUUGAUUUUGUGGAAGCAAUCCCACGCCCUGGUGCACAAUCAUGGCUUCCCAGAGCAAUUCGAGGUUCUGGUGCGUGAUCUUUGGGCCCUGCGGCUACAAGACUUCGUCCUUCGAAUCAACGCAACAACAGACGACGAAGAGGAUGAAGACAGAGAGUUAUUCAGCUCCCAGCCUGAGACCGAUAGUUCGGACGAUCUUGGGUUCAAGUCAAACUCUGGGCGAUAUCUCGCGUGGCCGCGGCUGCUAGAUUCUCUCGGCCUCUGCUAUCUGGCAGCGAUUUUGAUGCGCCUGCCUGUUUCUGUUAGUGACUUACACCGGCUGGUCAUUCGUCAAGACAUUCCGUAUAUGAGAGCUGUGAGGUCAAUCCCGCUUGAGAUGAGGGAUAAACUUCCUCCCGAGCUGUUGGCGAGACUCGAGGUGCAUCGAUUGCCUCGAUUGGAAACCCUCCACCGCGCUGUUGUUGAUCUUGCUUUGCAAUACCAAAAACGAUUCGAGAUUACGGUGCCACCUUUGAACUCAUCUACAUUGCUCUACCGACAUUUGAGGAGGCUGGCACUCCCCAUCGAUAUAUACGAAAGUGUUCAAUUCUUGAAAACCCUUGUUGGUUUCAGCUAUGCUUUCAACAUCGGGGGAUCAAGAGCAAAGCUCAAACGCGCGCUCGAUCUUCCCGAGGUGCAAUUAAUGGCGCUCAUUGUCAUUGCAACUAAGUUGAUUUUUCCAUUCGACGAUUUGACCAGAUGCCCAGCUACAACCAAAGAGCCUGCUACGCAAAUCAUGGACUGGGCCAGAUGGGCUCGCGCCCAGGCUCAUUUUGCUUACCAUGAACAAUCUCAUGGAAAAAUUGCGAACGAAGGGGCCAUCCAGCUCACCGAUAAAGAUGUGCUGACAAUGGCACCAAGUGAACUGGACGACUACAUGGAUUGGUAUGAAAGCAACUGGCUAGAUGCAUCCCGAUCAACGAAUCCUGUCGCAGACAUGUUUCCAACCUCCCGCACGAUCGAAGCCCCCGCCCCUCCCCAGGCUGUAGCACCAUCUACUGUAGCAACGGGGGCCAACCCGGAGGAAGCGCUUGACUCACUCCUGAAAACGGUGAUGCAGGGACUGAAGACAAAUGUGCCAGACCCGGAACUGGAAGAGGAUGGCCGCCGGCCAGGGUCAUGGUAUUGGCGGUACCGAUGGGAGGCACAGCUCCCAGACACAGCCAAGCAAUUUUACGAAAUAGCGGCUGAACUUGCUGCUGUCUCGCUGCCCACUCUUCUACGCGCAGUGGCUAUCACUGAGUACAGAAUUGCCAAAACAAUUGAGGACAAAAGACGGGCGGAGUAUUUCAGCCAGGCAUUUGAUUCGGAUGUGGAUGCUCAUGCGGAUGACGACAGUCUCGACGGCAUGGACAAUCUGGACGAGCAACUAACUGGUUUCGUCAAGACCCUGACGGGUAAGACCAUUACCCUCGACGUCGAGUCGAGCGACACCAUCGACAACGUCAAGACCAAGAUCCAGGACAAGGAGGGCAUUCCCCCAGACCAGCAGCGCCUGAUCUUCGCCGGCAAGCAGCUUGAGGAUGGCCGCACCCUGAGCGACUACAACAUCCAGAAGGUACGGACGCCCGAUCGGUCACUCGAAUCUGAUGACGACAUGGAACGGCACACCAUGACAUUGGAAAUCACACCGGACCCGCUACAAAUGGUGUACGGCCGGCUAACGACGGAUUCAAUCUUCCAGGAGUCCACCCUUCACCUCGUCCUGCGCCUGCGUGGUGGUAUCAUCGAGCCCUCCCUCAAGGCCCUCGCUUCCAAGUACAACUGCGAGAAGGCCAUUUGCCGCAAGUGCUACGCUCGUCUUCCUCCCCGUGCCACCAACUGCCGUAAGAAGAAGUGCGGUCACACCAACCAGCUCCGCCCCAAGAAGAAGCUGAAAUAG